AUGGGAUCCGUUUUGAAUUAUGCGUGUGACAUCCCAACUUUCGAUCCUCCAUUUAAAUUUGCUGCGAAUGGAAUGACAUUGGGCGAUGCGUGCUCGAUUGAGCAGCCCCCGCCGCCACCCAUCGACUUUUCUCGAACCGCCGCCACCACCACCACCGCGCAGCAACACCAACACCAACAACAAUCGUCGGAGCAUCUACUCGGCAAUAAUUCGAGCUCGUCGCUAAUCUCAUCCGGCUCAGGUACACCGACCGCAUUUCAGCCACCGCCACAAGCCAAUCAGCAACAAUCGCAACAACAGCCUCAACAGACCAUCUUCAAUCCGGCUCUAAUGGCGGCUCAUCUCGGCGUUCUCAAUCCGCAACUGGUUGCGAUGAUGCAGGCGGCAACAUCGCACAAUUCCAUGAUUCAAUCGCAUGCGGGAGUUGUAGGACCGCCGCUGGUGCCGAAUAUCAUUCAGCAGAUCAACGCCCUACGCAGUUCACAUUUCUCGAAUGCGAACACCAUGUCGGGAAUUCAGCGAAUUUCGAGUCCGAGGAGUAUGAAUAAUGGUGAUCGAAGCGAGAAUUGCGGUGAGCUUUGCGUCGUCUGCGGCGACAAGGCUUCUGGACGACACUACGGCGCCGUAUCAUGCGAGGGAUGCAAAGGGUUCUUCAAGCGAUCGAUUCGCAAACAAAUCGGCUACAUUUGUCGAAGCUCACGCGAUUGUCCCGUCACGAAAUUCCACCGUAACCGUUGCCAAUAUUGCCGUCUGCGGAAAUGUCUAGCAAUGGGAAUGCGCAGUGAAUCCGUUCAAGCCGAACGACGACCGGUGAACAGCUCGUCGAACUCGGACAGCCCGCCGAACAUCAAUAGCACACCGCGAGCGUUGACGCCCCUCAAUCCGGGACUCGUGAAUGGAUUGUUGUCGCUGGUGAAAAUGGAGCAGGACGCGAAGCCGUCGGCGAUCGAUCAGAUGCUUCAACAAGAGCGCGCCAUCAAACAGGAGGUUGCUAGUCGUCCGAUGUCGCCGGCCAACGAGUUCACCAAAAUCAAACGGGAGUCGAUCGGUGAGGACGAGUCGGGUCUCGACACGAUGACGGUGAUGGGUCUCGUUCAUUCGGCGUCGCCGACGUCGUCCGGCGCCGGCUCAUCGGCGUCGCUUUCCGACGACACCGGCCCGAUAUUCACACCGGAGCGAUGUCGAUUCGAGUUGCCGAUUCCCUCGCCGCCGCCAUCGCAAAUCAAUAAUCAAUUCGUUUCGGAGACGGCGAGCCGAUUGCUAUUCCUGUCGUGUCAUUGGAUCAAAGACGCGCGCGUCCAUUUGCGAUCGACGACGCUGGAAAGUGUUUUGAAGCGAAAAUGGUGCGAUCUGUUCGUGUUGGGACUCAUGCAGACGGCCGAGACGAUUCAACUACAUCGGAUGCUUGACUCGAUGACGCUACAAUUGAUGGCGGCUCUCGAACUAGAUCAAUUGGCGAUGCUCGUGCAGCUCAAUCGGAAGUUCCAGUCGAGAUCGUUGAGCCCUGUCGAAUUUGCGUAUUUGAAGUUGAUCUCGUUUACCGCCGAAGACACACCGACGUGCGUUUAUUCGGCCGAAACGAGCGCCGCCAACGUUGCCGCCUCGCAGGAGCUGUUUGAGCACGUGAGCAGCUCGAAGUGCUCGACGAGCGGCUCCGCCGAGCACAUCAACGUCGACGAUUCGACGUCGGAGGAUAAUGAGACGCACAUCACCUCGCAACAGCAUCACAAUCAGAGUCAAGCGGUUGAAAGAUUCUCGAAACUCAUGCAACUUCUGCCCUGCCUACGAUGGUUCGAUUCGUCGAUAAUCGUCGAGCUGUUCUUCUCGAAUGUGCUCGGCCAAAUGUCGAUCGAGACGGUCAUCCCGUUCGUCCUUCAGAUGAACGUGAUGAGCAUCUUCGAGACGCCGACCUCGACGACGUCAUCAUCAUCCGACACGCUGUCAUCAUCGUCGAUUAGUGAUCUGAUUCACAAUCAAUAG